UCUUUAGUCAUGUCAAACCCAGGGCCGUCAAAACGCCAAAAGCUAUCAAUUGCCGACAGUGGACUGGAGCUUCCAUGGGUAGAAAAGUUCCGGCCGAGAUCACUCAAUGAUGUAGUGGGGAACGAGGACACCAUCGACAGACUUAAAGCUAUGGCGCGCGAUGGAAAUAUGACACACAUGAUCAUCUCAGGAAGCCCUGGUAUUGGUAAAACUACGUCUGUGCACUGUCUGGCACACGAGCUACUUGGUGAUUGCUAUAACGAGGCCGUUUUAGAGCUGAAUGCCUCCGAUGAGAGAGGUAUUGACGUUGUUCGGGGACGCAUCAAGACAUUCGCACAAAAAAAGGUGUUGCUCCCUCCAGGGCGGCAAAAGAUUGUGAUCCUGGAUGAAGCUGACUCGAUGACCCCCGGUGCUCAGCAGGCUCUGCGCCGAACCAUGGAGAUCUACGCAAAUACCACCCGAUUCGCCUUCUGCUGCAACUUGUCCAACAAGAUCAUUGAGCCGCUACAAUCGCGUUGUGCUAUUCUGCGGUUCGGUCGUCUCACAGAUCAACAGAUUCUUAAGCGGCUCAUGCAGAUUAUCAAAAUUCAGAAUGUCGAGUACAGCGAGGAUGGACUUAGCGCGCUUUUGUUUUCUGCAGAGGGUGACAUGCGACAAGCGAUCAACAACCUUCAAUCUACAGUUAAUGGUUUUGGGUUUGUCAACGGUGAGAGUGUUUUUAAAAUUGUGGACUCGCCUCACCCAGUAGUGAUUCGUGAGAUGCUUGGCGCACUGAAAAAGGGAGAUCUUGAUGCAAGCCUUGAUAAGAUGGAUGAACUCUGGACCAAAGGCUACAGCGCCAUUGAUCUCGUAACGACAAUGUUCAGGGUUGUGAAAACGUUCGAUGACUUGAAUGACCAUGAAAAGUUAAUGUACUUUAAAGAAAUUGGGUUUACUCACAUGCGGGUUUUAGAAGGUGUCAAUUCCAAAUUACAGGUUUCCGGUUUAUUAUCUCGCCUUGCAGCCCUAUAACUUGGUAAGUCCGUACGCAAAAGUUGAUAAUCCGCCUAUCAAUAGCGUCCUAUACCACCAAGGUCCAUCAAUAUCAGGGGGACCCAUGAGGUUGCAGAAAACGUGUGCUGCCACGAUUGGCCAUACACUACCAAGCGAGAGGAAAAGUUUGGAUGCAUAUGCUCCGAAUAAAGUUGUCAUUGCUAGCUGAGCGAUUGCCGGAAUAAUGCAUUCUCUCAGUGGCACUCCUUGACGGUACUUUCUCAGCGCAUGAUGCAUGUGAGCUAGCCCAAAGUAUAGUGGGGUUUCCCAAAUCAUCCUAGUUUGAGAAAGCCCUGCCUGUUUGUAAAACGAAAUAAUAACUGACCGAUACACCAAUUCUUCAGUCAACGGCCCGAACAGAUAAUCUCGCAGGUCUGGCCAUGACCACUCUGGGCGAGGGAUACCGUUGCGGAUUAUGGGGCCGCUGAACAGGGUCAUUGUCAACCCCAAAGCAAUUGCAACUCCUUUUGGACUCAUCUGGAGCCCCAUUAAAUUGAAAUUUUGCCAAUAAUCGCCGCCAAUCAGUGUUUGAGCUGCAAAUGGUCCUAAUGCAAUGGCUACCGUAGUUGAGGUCACAAUUCUAACCAUCGUGUUUUUAAUAACAGCCGGAUCAUCUCGGAGGCCUUCUUUGGGUUUAAUAUAAAUCCCAAUCCAAUAAAAUGUAGCAAACGCACUCGAAAGAAGACGAACCACCAUUAAUCAAUGAGAUAAAAGAAAGGUUUACA